AUGGAACUGCUUUUUGAUAAUCUACAUAUUAUUGUUUUUUUAAUUACUCUUUGCUAUUUUAUUAUUAAGAGAUAUUAUUAUGAAAAUAUACCUUUAAAAGAUAUAAAAGGAAAAUUUGUCUUUGUUACAGGUUGUGAUUCGGGUUUUGGAAGAUUACUUGUUCAUGAACUUUUAAAAAAAAAUAUUAAUGUUAUUGCUGGUUUAUAUACUGAUAUAGGACAAAAAAAUCUUAUAAAUGAAUGUUCUGAUAAGGAAAUAUUUCUUGGUAAUCUUUAUACAGUUUCAUUAGAUGUUACAAAUAUUGAAUCUGUUCAAGCUGCUUAUAAAUUUGUUGAAAAUUUAAUGAUUGAAAAAAAAACAACAUUAUGGUCAGUUGUAAAUAAUGCUGGAGCAAAUAUUGUUAAAGGACCUAUUGAAUGGUAUAAUGUUGAAGAUUUUAAAAUGCAUAUUGAUAUUAAUUUAAUGGGACCAAUAAGAGUAUGCCAAACUUUUAUUCCUUUACUUAAAAAAUCAAAAGGACGUUUUGUAACAAUGAUAUCAUGUUCAGGUAGAAUUCAUGGUUUUUUCCUUGGACCAUAUACAACUUCUAAAUUUGGUUUAAGAGGAUAUAUGGAUUCAUUACGAUUAGAUUUACAACCUUUUGGUAUAUCAGUACAUGUUCUAGAACCUGGUGCAUUUAAAACUCCCCUAACAGAGGAUAAAUUUUUAGCUGAUCGAAUUGAAAAAGCUUUUAAUUCACUAUCAGAUGAGGCAAAAGAUGACUAUGGUUCAACAUUUAAAAAUAAUCUUAUUGUUAAUUGGCAAAAAGGUGUUGAUAUUGCUGCUUCUUCAAAUUUAUAUCUUGUUGUUGAUAAUUAUAUUCAUGCUAUAACAUCAACCAAACCAAGACAUCGUUAUCUUUGUGGAUACGAUGCCUGGUUAUUAUUUCUUCCAUUAUCACUUUUACCAUCACAUAUUCAAGAUAAGAUAUUAUAUUUCUUAUAUACAUGCCACCCAAGUUUAAAUUUAAAUUUUACCGUCAAAAAACGUGAUCCCGUCAUAUCAGAAAUAAAUAACAAUGAAAAAAAAGGUGUUUAG